AGGGGAGGGGGGAGCCCCAGAGCAAGGCUUCCUGGCCAGGCAAGAGGAGGAGGACUUCGCUGCUUUCUCCUCAGCCGGGGCCCUUUUCAAGUCGGGGCCAUGAACGCCGAGGGCUGCGUUGCCUUUUGCGACCCAGCUGCCGCCGCUGCCAUGGAUUCCUUCUACAACACCGCCCCAUCGCAGGGCAGCGCCGACGGCUCCUCGCCUUUUAGGGCAUUUCCCGGCGGCGGAGGAGGAGGAGGAGGGGGAGGCGGCGGAGGAGGCAGCGACAAGUUCAGCCCCGCUUUCCUGGCCGGCAAAGGGCAAAGCUUCGGCGACGGGGGCAACAGCAGCCACAACAACGGAGGCGGCGGGGGCAGCCCCAAGUGCCGGAGUCGGUACAGCCAGGCGGAGUGCCCGCAGCCCCUCGACGGACAACAGCAGCAGCAGCCCCAGCCGCUCUCGGCCGCUGCCUUCAGCAAGUACCACCCGCAGCCGCCCCAACCCCCGCCGCCGCUCUACGGCCAGAGGAACGCCUGCAAAAGCCCCGCCGGAGCCGGACUCAAGCUCCCGGAGCCCGGCGGACGCAACGGCGCCCUCCCGCUCUCCUGCUACGCUAAAGAGAGUUCCUUGGGGGAAACGGAGCUACAGCCCGGCUCGGAUCCUGCUGGAAUGGAUGGCAGUUACCUCACCGUGAAAGAGACCGGAGUGAAGGUACCUCAAGAGAGGGCAAGCAACGACCUUCCCAGCCCAAUGGACAAGACUGACUCAGAGAGCAACAAAGGCAAGAAGAGGCGGAACCGCACAACCUUCACCAGUUAUCAACUGGAAGAGCUGGAAAAGGUCUUCCAGAAGACUCAUUACCCAGAUGUCUAUGCCAGAGAGCAACUAGCCAUGAGGACAGACCUCACUGAGGCACGAGUGCAGGUGUGGUUUCAGAACCGACGGGCAAAAUGGAGGAAACGGGAGCGGUUUGGUCAAAUGCAACAGGUUCGCACCCACUUCUCCACAGCCUAUGAGCUGCCCUUGCUAACUAGAGCAGAGAACUAUGCCCAGAUCCAGAAUCCAUCCUGGAUUGGCAACAAUGGUGCUGCCUCCCCUGUGCCUGCCUGUGUUGUGCCCUGUGACUCAGUGCCUUCCUGCAUGUCUCCUCAUGCUCAUCCCCACACAACUGGAGGAGUCUCUGAAUUCCUGAGUGUCUCAGGUCCCGGCACCCAUGUGGGGCAGACUCACAUGGGCAGCCUCUUUGGCAGCGCAGGCAUCAGCCCUGGCAUCAAUGGGUAUGAGCUGAAUGGUGAACCCGACCGCAAGUCCUCCAGCAUUGCAGCCCUGCGGAUGAAAGCCAAGGAGCACAGCGCUGCCAUCUCAUGGGCAACAUGACAGGGCUGCAGUCGAUGCCCUCAAGACACUUGACAGAGCAAACAGAGGACGGUCAAACCAUCGAUCCACUCUUGGACUUGAGGCAGCCAGUGCUCCUCCCCAGAGGUCUGAAUGCAGCACUUUUAGCUACCAUGGGUGUAAUUGCAUUGAGUAUAUUGCCAUAUUGGAGUGUUUUAAUUGUUUUGUUCCUUACACAAGAAUAGACACAUGGAAGGAAACAGAGGGUGUUUCAACCACACCAGACAAAUGUGCUUUUUUUGUUUUAUUCACAUGGCUUGUUUCCCUUUUGGUGACGUCCUCUUAAUUGCCCAUGGAAAAGACAUUCAUCCCUCCUACUUUCUCGGACACCAGCUGUGCUUCCAGAUAAGGCUUCUAUCAUGCAAUUGGCCCUUUUAAAAUAACAGAAUUAACAGGCACUGUCCAGAAGAUGUUUUCUUCCAUUUCUAAUGCUCUCUGGUUUUUUCCCAUUGCUGUCCCCCUCUUUUUUGCUUGAUCAUUUCAUUCACUGAUUGAUAAUUCCUGAGGAGAUCAAGUAAACAGGAGUCUUGGUGUCCAUUUUGAUGGACUAUUUAGGGGAGAGGAGCACAACCUCCUUACCUAAUCCUAGUGGGGCCUUAACCCCACACUCAACUAAUUCCUGGAUCUGCAAGAUCCCAAAAAGUCCUUUGAUUGUGUAGCACUACAAAGUGAUUAUCUGGACAUGCUCCAAAUCUUUAUCUCUAAAAUUUAUGACCCCCAGAUCACAAUUUCUGGUUGAUUGGCUCUGACAUGAAUUAUAGCCAAUCCCAUGUAUUCAAAUGAGACACAUAGGUUUAUGAUGGUCAGCAAUAGAAGAAUAUGGUUGCUAUCACUGUAGUUGGUUAGUACCAGAGUGAGUCAGUGUGUGUGUGUGUUGAGUGCAAGGUAUGUUGAUUCAGCACACAGGAUACCAGGCAAUGCCACAGUAGAGUUUGCUGCAUACUAGAGAUUAUCUCACACUUUAAUGUCCAAUUGAACUGAGUAAAAGAUGGAGCAGCUGCCCCACCUUUUAUUUCUCCCCUUUCCUGAAAUCUGUCUUCCCCCAACUUGCUGUAAUAAGAACUCCAAGGGUGCCACACAACAAGCAAGGCUUGAGUUAAACAGAAAGGAAAAGCCAAGGCUGUGUUACCUCCUCCGUCAACAGAGAUUGUAAAGGUCCAUGUUGCAGAUGGACAGCAGUGGUUUUCUCAUCCCAUUGGCAAACUAAGGACUAGCACAAUGGCAAAAUCAAAAAUAGCACAUUUUGUGGAAUCUCCUUGGUACCAAUUCCUUGCAAUAGCUCUCCUUGCUAUCACAACACUAAUUCUGGCCAAAUCCUAUAUAUACAGUGUAUUGGUACAGAAUAAAUGUACUGCAAUGUAGUUAAUGCUUGAUCCCAUAGUUUGUGAAAAGGUAUAUUGAUCUUUUUCAUUAUGCAAUACGCAUUUAGCACCCAACCAAAUCCAAAAUGAAAGAAGAACAUGUGCACUUGUGAAAUAACUGGCUGCACUAUAACUAUCCCAUGUGUUCCAGUGAGACACAUAGGUUUAUGAUGCAGUUUGGCAAUCUCUGAGAAGGUUCAAACACUUGUGGAACUAUUUUUAUGCUAGCAUAGUUCCCCAGCAAAAGUACAGCCAUUGAUUUAGUCUUGUGGUCAGCUGUAAGAGAUAUUAUCAUGAAUUACAUGCAGCCUAACUGAAGCUUGAAUGAAGAAGAAUGCUAAGAGAAUGACAUGGGCAAUGGAAGUGAAAAGAAUCCUCCAAUUUUCUAGAUUUAAUCAUACAUGGGAAGGGGGCUGCUAGUAGGGGGUUGCUACUUCACACAUGCAACGAUGCCUGCCUUCCAGUUCACAAUUAGCAAAAGAUAGUUAUAUUCUCACAGUGUGGAAGGAGAUGGAUACAGCAAGAAAGUCAAAUAGCAAACACACAGCAAGGUUUCUGCUUUCCAAUGAACCCAGAGGAAGAAAACUCAGCAGAGAAUAUGAAAGGAAACACAAAGAGAAGGAAAAAUAGGAAGCGAUCUGUUUCUGACACAGAGGCAGAAGUAAAAGGAGUGGUAGGGGGAGAUAUAUUCCCCCUCCCUCAGUUUUCAAUUUUUAGGAGCACCUGUAGUUCUGAUCAAUUCUCAGUUAAUGUUGUGCUAAUAGGAGUGCCUGUGGUAUAUUGCACAGAAAGACUGCGAAUCCUUUCCUACAAGGAUAAAAACAUGGUUUCUGUUGCUUGCUCG